AUGUCUUCCAAAGAAAAUACACACUCUCUCCCACACUGGGUUUAUCCUCCGAACCCCAACAGCCCUCGAAAGAGCUCUACAGAUGCCGUUGUCCACCAUCUAUACUUCGAAGACAACGAUAGUUUCUUCCCUCCUACCUGGCUCGGAAAAGAUGAUGCCUCCAUGCGACGUUCCUCCAAGGAUAGCUCAGCAAGCCAUGAAUCCAAAGAUGAAAAAGAGGCCACACUGAAGCCGGAGAUUUCUAGAUGA